AGGGGCAGCCGCUGCGUCCACCUCUCGGACGUGUCCGGGAGCCCUGCUCCGUGAGCGUCCUGCGAACGAUGCCAGGCUCAAGAGCCACGGACAGCGAGAGACCAAGGGCCACCUCCACUGCCGGGGCGACGACACGGUGGACGAGAGCGGGCCGCAGACAUGUUCCGUCCUUGGGGCCGGCAGGGCGGUCUUAGCGACUCGGGCGUGCCCAAGCUCAGUCCGACCCCUGGCUUGCUGCUCGCGGUUCCCUAUCCGCGGGGUUGGCGGUUCGGAUUUGGUGCGUGGCCCCGGCGUACGAAAAGAAGACCCAAUGGCAAAACAACCUUCGGAUGUAAGUUCUGAGUGUGGCAGAGAAGGUGGACAAUUACAGCCUGCGGAGUGGCCUCCUCAGUUCAGACCUGGGGCUCCCACCUCUGUACAGAUAGAGCCACAAGGUAAUCCAGAAGGCGAAGGGGACCGCUGCCCCCACGGCAGCCCUCAGGGCCCGCUGGCCCCACCGGCCAGUCCCGGGCCUUUUGCUACCAGAUCCCCGCUUUUCAUCUUUGUGAGAAGAUCCUCCCUGCUGUCUCGAUCCUCCAGUGGGUAUUUCUCUUUUGACACAGACAGGAGCCCAGCACCCAUGAGUUGUGAUAAAUCAACGCAAACCCCAAGUCCUCCUUGUCAGGCCUUCAACCAUUAUCUCAAUGCAAUGGCCUCCAUGCGGCAGUCUCAGGCCCUCCCUGCAGACCUGCGCCCAGAGAUGUGGAUCGCACAGGAGCUGCGGCGGAUCGGGGACGAGUUCAACGCCUAUUAUCCACGGCGGGUCUUUUUGAAUAAUUACCAAGCAGCAGAAGCCCAUCCCCAGAUGGUUGUCCUGCGGCUGCUGCGUUACAUCCUCCGUCUGGUGUGGAGGAUGCAGUGACGACGGGCUCCCCGAGGGGCCGAGACGCGUGCAGACGUUUCACUUGUUCAAGCCGACAGGCCCGGCGCCGCGGCCUCCUGGUGCCAUUGCUGUGCCGCCAGCUGUCGUCCCCCGGAGAGGCCGGCGCGUCCCGACACUCGGAGCUGUGUGCGGGCUUGACCUGGUCGUGAAUGUAAAUGAAGAUGGAUUCUCUUUUUUAGGAAAUGUACAAAUCAUGGUUCUCUGGAGCAGGAUUUUAUGCGAGAAUAAUGUAAGAACAGUUUCUCAAAAAGGAAAUGGAAAUUUUUAACCAACUUGUGAAUGAUUUUUGUACUAACAAUUUAAGAACCUGUUGCCUAUUCUCAGAGGAUUAUGUAAACUCUGCAGUGGAAACUGAGCCAGCUAAUUUCUAAAGCUGCCUUAGUUUAUUUUUAGAGGCUACUGUACAGAAUUUUUAAACGUGAGAGGUGUGUGUGAUAUGGCCGCUCCCUCCCUGCCAUUGCCUCUCACCUUUUUUUAAUCAUUAUUACCAAAAAAAAUUCUUAGAAAAUGAAAAUGAUUAAAGGGGCAAAGAGUCUUCUGUCAGCCUGUAUUGAUGUGCCACUCCCAUUUUGUAAAUAUUUACUUACCUCCUUAAACUCAGUUCAUCUGGCAAAACCUCAGCCUCUUCCUGUGUGUUUUUCCUUAUCUCAUUUUGUGAUGCUCCUCCCGUCUGUCUUGGGCACUGAUGCACAGGUCUGGUCAGGUGCGUGUUCAUGGUAGAGUGUGACACUAUCCUGACGGAUGCUCACGCCCUGAUCUCGCAUCGGCCUGUGUCAUCCCCGGCUCGGUCGGUCUGCUGGCAGCUUACUCACUGGGAAGUGACGUGGAGCUGGUUCCCAUGUGGUUUGGUGGACUUGUGUUUUACAAGUGUUCUGAAGGGGUAGUGAUGGUAAUAAUACAGAAACAGUAUUAGGGCCCGUGGCACGGUUAGCUUUUCUGGUUGCAGGCUUUUCCCCUCGUCACAGGAGGUGCUCUCAGCAUGAGGUGCCAGGUGCUGACAUGCCCACCUGCGUUUGGCUGCAGGUGUCCAAAGUGGAGUCCUUGUGGGAGUUGGCACAGGCUGUGGACGGGGCUUUAAACAGCUGUUUCCUCGGCAUAUCAGCUUUUGAUCCAACUCAGUCGAUCUGACUUUUGAUGCCCACCACUUGGUUCCCGCUCUUCUACAUCCACUUUGAAAUACAGGCUUAAUUCUGCUUUGGGCAGUGCCAUCAAAGAUUCUCUCAGGCAUAAGUCUGAAACGGCCCCAUCUGGCAGCUGUCUACUUGUUCAUUUCUCUUGGGACAGUUGGGUUAGUGAGGCCUCCCUCUGUGCAUCCAGUUCUUCUCCACCCUGGUCUGUGAGGAGUGCAGUGAGUUGGGCCCACGAGCUGGUCAGUCAUUUGACAGACAGUUAACCAACUGGGGAGAAGGCAGGGAAGGGAGGGAGGGAACAAAAGGAGUCAGGGAGGGGAGGAAGGAAGGUGCAGAUCAUUCUGUGAACCCUGUAACUCCUACAGUUUCUGAAACCUCAGAUCAGGAAACAGCUUUUUAAAAGAGAUACAUGAUUUUUCAAAUGAGUCAGCAGUGCCAACAACCAAUGUAUUUGCUUCUGGCCCAUCCAGGACCAGUGUUCACGUUAUUGAGUUGAGUGAAGAAAUCCAU